AUGAGCGACGAAGAAAAGAAGACUGGUCUUACCGACAGUCUCCCUACCAGCGAAACCGAGACCCCAACGCGAGCCGAGAGUCCAACCGUCAGUGGCGAAAAGUCAACAGACGCGACAAAAGAUGAAGGACCUGAAAUCAAGCGUGAGAUUCACGGCGUCAAGUGGGUUUUGACCGUUGGCGCCAUUCUUUCCUGCGUCUUCCUAUACGCCCUCGACACUACAGUGGUAGCAGACAUCCAGCCAAACAUCAUCGCGUCUCUUGGAGACUUUCAAAAGUUCCCAUGGCUCGCUACCGCCUACGCCCUGCCCUCCACGGCGCUGGUGCUGAUUCAAUCCAAGAUGUACGGACUGUUCGAUAUCAAGUGGCUCUACUUUGGCUAUGUCGUUUGCUUCGAGGUCGGCAGUGCCAUUUCCGGUGCUGCUCCCACGAUGAACGCUCUGAUCGUCGGGCGCAUGAUUGCUGGCAUCGGUGGCUGCGGCAUUUACGUCGGCUCGUUGACGUUCUUCAGCGUUGUCACUACUCCCAAAGAGCGCCCUCUCUAUAUCGCUCUGAUAUCUCCCACAUGGGGAAUUGGCACCGUCCUGGGCCCAAUCGUCGGCGGAGGAUUCGCAGAAAGCAGCGUCGGCUGGCGAUGGGGCUUUUACAUCAACCUUUUGAUCUUCGCAAUCGCCGCGCCCAUCCUGGUCUUCAUCCUGCCUUCGAUGGAUUUCGCCAAGGGCCAAUCUACCAAAGAGAGAAUGAGCAAGAUCGACUGGCUCGGAUUGACUGUCUGGACCGGCUGGUGCGUAUCCUUCUUCAUGGCCAUUACUUAUGGUGGCACCCUGUUCGAGUGGGAGUCUUACAGCAUGAUCAUUCUUUGGGUCUUCGUGGGCGUUCUCGGCAUCAGCUUCGUCCUGACACACAAAUUCUACCCCUUUGUCGACAAGGAAAAUCGACUGUACCCCAGCCACAUGCUCAGGAACUUCAAGUUGGGAAUCUUACAGUUCGCCACAUUUGCCGCCGCUUCAGCUGUAUACAUUCCCAUCUACUACAUCCCCCUUUACUUCCAGUUUGCCAGGGGUGAGUCACCCGUCGAGGCCGCUAUCAAACUCCUGCCCUUUGUCUUCAUGAUUUCCACUGUUGCCAUUCUUAACGGCAUUUUCAUGUCGAGAUGGGGUUACUACAUGCCGUGGUUCUUUGUUGGUUCACUUCUGGCCGUCGCUGGAGGUGCCCUCAUGUACACGCUUUCCAUCGACACGAGCAUCUCGGCAAUCUACGGAUACAGCGUAUUACUGGGCAUUGGAGGUGGUUGCUUCAUGAUUACUGCCUUUGGGUGCGUCUCGGACAUUGUCGAACCCAAGGACAUUUUCAACGCCAUUGGUGUCAUCAGUCUUGUCCAGUGCAUCGGAAUCACCUUCUUCCCCUCCCUCAGCGGCGGCAUCUUCCAGAACCUGGGCGCCAAGUACAUCAUCCCAAUCCUUCCAUCAGAUUUUAUUGGUGACCCACGCGUGAUUCUCGCCGGCGCGAGCAGUCCUGAGUGGCAGAGCUUCUCCGAAGACGUUCAGACCCAGCUUGCCAAGGCCAUUGUUGACGCUAUGAGCAAUAUUUACAUCAUGACCAUUGUUGCUAGCGGCAUCACAGCCCUUCUCUCACCGUUCCUUGGAUUCCGCAAAGUGGGCGCCUAG